AUGAGAGGAUUAGCUCUAUUUAUUGGAGACAUCAGGAACUGCUAAAAUAAGGAUCAAGAAGAGAAAACUGUGUACAGGGAAAUGGCAAAGAUUAGAGGUAAAUUCCAGAACAGGGCAUUAUCUGGCUAUGACAAAAUGAAGUAUACUUGGAAGCUGAUCUACAUGUACAUCCUUGGAUAUGAUGUUGAUUUUGGACACGAAGAGUCACUUAACCUUAUCAAUGCACCUAAGAUAUCUGAAAAAUGUACUGGCUACAUUGCAACUGGCAUAAUGCUGAAUGAAAAAUCUGAUCAAAGAGUAUUUGAGAGGGUCAUCAAUGCCAUUAAAGUAGAUUUGACUUGUGGUAAUUAGAUAUGCGAGGCACUUGCAUUAGCCACUGUAGGAAAUAUUGGUUCAGUCGAACUUGCCACUCAAUUAGAUGAGAUAGUCAUUCAUAAAGCAUUUAGUGAAGAUAGAUCGAUACCAAAGCAAGUAAGAAAGAGAGCACUCCUUACGCUUCUGUCAUUCUUUAAAAGGAACAGAGCUUCCUAUAACCAAGAAAAAUGGUUAAGAGGAUUCAAAUUCCUCUUAACUUUUGAUGAUAUGGGAGUACUGCUUUCACUGUACUCUUUGAUACUGGGAACUAUAUAAGUAAUGGGCAGAUAAGGCUAUGAGGAUAUUGUACCUAUACUCAUUGAAAAGAUCUCACAUAUGAAUUCCUCUGCUUACAACAAUUAGUAGCAAGGAUAUUACUACUAUCAAACAAUCUGUCCUUGGCUUCAAAUCAAGAUAUUCAAAAUUUUACAAUUAUUCCCUCCUCCUUCAGAUAAUGGUCAUUAACAAAAGAUAAAUGAAGUACUUCUACAAAUAAUCCAAAAGACUGAGGUAACCAAGAAUGUGAACAAAAAUAAUUCUGAUCACUCCAUUUUAUUUGAGGCAUUCAAUCUAACAAUCCAUUAUAGACAAGCUGCUUCAGAAACUCUAAGGAAAAAUAUUCAGCAUAUGCUAGAUAAGUUCAUCUCAGUCAAGGAACCUAAUAUUAGAUAUCUAGCCUUAGAAACUAUGUGCAAACUAGUUUAAUCUUCUAGCAAUAAUCAAUUCAAGAUUUAAGGACAUCUGUAAACUAUAAUAACUAGUUUAAGAGAUCAGGACAUCUCAAUUAGACGUAGAGCUCUUGACUUGAUGUUCUCAAUGUGUGAUUCAAGAAUCGCUGGAGAGGUUGUGAAUGAGCUUUUGGACUAUCUCUAAGAAAAUGACUACGAACUCUAAGAGGAAAUGGUACUAAAGAUUGCAAUCCUGGCAGAGAAAUUUGCAGAAAAUCUAAACUGGUAUAUCGAUGUAAUAAUCAAGUUAAUUGAAUUCGCUGGUGAUUAUGUUGGUGAAGAUAUCUGGUUCAGAGUUGCACAAAUAAUUACUGGAUUUGGAUAGGCUGAGCCAAAUGUGAAUCUUCAAAAAUAUGCCGCAUUAAAGAUGUUUGAUAUUAUGUCCAUGCCUUCCCUUCACGAGACAAUGGUAAAGGUUGGAGCAUAUGUACUCUCCGAAUUUGGAUAUUCAAUCGCUGAUUUACCAGGUAAAGGUAUUCCAAAGUAGUUCCAACUUGUUAACAGACAUUUCUUUAUUGUGAGCCCAACUUCCAGAGGAAUGCUGUUAACAGCAUACAUGAAGAUGCUCAAGAAUCAUCCUCCUCUUAGAGCAUAAGUAGUUCCAUUACUGGAGUAGUAUAAGGACUAUUGGGAUGAGGAUAUUCAAUAGAGAGUGUGUGAGUAUCUUGCAAUGCUAGAGCUGUCAGACGAACUUGGUGAAGAAGCUCAAUAAUUAAUGAAUGAGGCACUGGAUGUGAUGCCAAACUUCAAUGAUUCUCUCCAGACAAAUAGCAUUCUUAACAGGAGAAUCUUAAAAUUAAAAGUAGAAAAAGGAUUCACUAUUAACUCUGAUGAAGUUGAGAAAUCUAUCAAAUAAGGGAUGUCUAGAUAUGAAACAAACAACACUGUGUCAUCUGCUCUCAGCUAAAAUAAUCCCUCACUGUUAAGUGGAAUGGAUAAUCUCAAUUUGGGUUCUGAACCUUUAUAAAAGUCAUCAAAGACUUCUGUUUCCCAGCCAAAGCAAUAACAGUAAAUCGUUCAAGAAAACAACUUGCUAGAUCUAGAUGAUCUACUUAGUGGUAAUUCCAAAUCUAACCUUGGGGGAAGUCCUCACGAUUUGCUAUCAUCAAUUGCUGAUCUCUAACCUCCUUCAAUUGGUGGAGGAGAUGAAAUUUUGAACCAUAAAUUUUAUAUGACUCAUGCAGAUAGAUUCAGUCCUUAAUAAACUAUUAAGCUGGGAUAAUAGACUCUCGAUAUGACAGUAUCUAAUGCCUAAUAAUGGAAAUCAUUGCUGCCUUUCAGUGUUAAAGAAGGUGUUGUUUACUAAGAUUCAAACAUUCAAGUAUAAGUCUCUAUUUAGAUUAUAAAAUAUCUUGAAAGGCUGCUCUUUACUUUUAGCUCAUCCUAGGGUGGACAACUAAGCGAUAUUUAAGUUAGAAUACCAACAAGUUUAUAUGGGGACCAACUUGAAAUGCAAUGCUCUCCUGUAAAAUAUUCUGACUAGGAUCCUUAAAUUGUGAUGAUGAUAAUGCUUAAGGAAACUUUCGCUGUAUCACCAUCUAUGAAAGUUCAAUAUAAGACUCCUUCUGGUUAAACAAAUCAAUUUGAGAUGAGACUGCCAAUAUUUUUAAACAAAUUCACAGAAGCUGUUGAAAUGCCAACCUCAGAUAUUUUUGUUAAGACCUGGGAUGAUUACACUCACAACAGGCCAUCAUCCUUCUAAAAAAUGGACGUAAUCUUUAAAAACCCUGCUCUUCAUGUUUCCCAUACUGAUGUGUUAAAUAAGACUGCUAAUUUCUUCAAGAAUGGAAUGAAUCUUAAAGUAUUUUAGGAUAAUGAAUGGAUUGUGAGAGGUGUAGGUCAAGUAAACUUUAAGCCUCCUUCCUAAGUUACCUUCCCUUCUAAUCCUAAUGACAUGUAGAAGCCAAUUAUAGCCCCUAUAAUGAUUGAAGCUGAGUUUUUCAAAGAAGAUAUUUCUGAAUUCAAGAUCAGUGUUAGAUCUAACGACUCAAAGAUGAUAGCAUAACCCUUAAUCAACUUCUUGAAGUUUUAUAUGCAACCUAACCAGUGA